AUGUUGCAUAUGCACGGCGUUCACAGGGCAACUAGUUCGCGAGUGCAACCACCGGCAGUCAAUCUCAAGGAAAGGAUAGCUGCACUUCAGCAACGAAAUACCGCCCAAAAUCCUCAUUCAACAUCACCACCCGCAGUACCCGUUUCGUCACAAAACUCCAAACAUGAAGCACCGAAGGGACUGCGCGACAGGAUAGCGAAGUUCGAGCAGAAGGGAGGAGUGCCGAUUCCACGAGGCAGUUUCGGGCUGGGUGCUCCGCCUGUACCAGAGAAUGGACAGCAGAAACGAAGAGGCGAGUUAUACGGGAACAGGAUACCAGCGCCAGUUCGGUCUGGCAUACUGACACCUCAAGUUACUGGAGGCACCGUAGCAUCUUGGAGCAGGUCGGUUUCGUCCCCAGGCGUCCUUACGCCGCAAGUCACUGGUGGUACUUUGUCAUCCUGGCGGUCGAUGACAUCGUCUCCCGACUCUCGAGCGGUGUCGCCCACGGAUUGGGACGACAUGCCAGAAGACGAGGACGCGACGACUACACUCAAACCGCCUACAUUCUCAGACCUUGGCAGGUCACCGUCACAGCCAUUUCCUAUGGACGACGAGGAGGUCGAUAGUAACAAUGAAUUCGAACCUCCAAGUACAGCCAAGGUUAACAUGCCUACCAAAGUCGACAUAUCAUCAGACGGACAGGAUGGUAUAUCCGUCUCGUCUACCUCUGCCCCCGAUUCAUUUACCUCUCCAACACAAUCGCUUGGCAUUGGGGAAACUCAGGCAGGGGAAACCCGCGCUCCUUCGACGCCUGACGUGCAUGUGCAAGUCUUGGAUGCCUCGGCUAUACCUUCAUCAAUUGACAUGAAUGCCGAUCAACUUCUUCCCAAUAUCCCAGAACCGAAGGAAGAUGUCGAUCUUCUCUGUAACGAACCCAACGAAGAGCUUACGGCGAACACGUUCCAGCCUUCAGCGCUGGGUCUCAUCGAUACAUUAAGCACUGACGUAAUUCAUACUGAAGAACACGUAGACCGAGAGCUUGACUUGGACGAACACUCCCUUCCAGAGUCGGCUGGUAGCGUAGAGACUCCUCCGCUACACGCUCAGGAACCCUCGCGUCCUUUAGAGGUGGAUGCAAGAAGCGACUUCACUCCUCCUGAAGAAGGUUCACUGGAUACAAUCCACAGUCUUCCUAUCUCAGGCAGCGAACAAGCGACCUCACCUUCCAUUGCCAUAUCACCACCCACAGCACCUGCCGUCGAACACGUUUUACCUCCACUGGCUAUUGGAGUUCUCUCUCCCGAGCGACCAUUAGCCAGACUUGCGUAUGAAGAUUCUCCUUCGCCUUCAGAAACACCGACGCCCACCAGCAACUCUUCGACGUCCACUAUCCAGCUAUCUAGUAUUGUUGCGCCCUCGUCCCCACGUCCUCAUAGUAUUGCUAACCCUCCAUCGGAACGUCCCUCUCCCGGUUCGGAUGCAUUCAGUCCUCCUUCCCACAAGAGUUCCUAUUCUGUCUCCCACGGCCAGGAGUUGAAUGCCGUUGAUGAUUUGGACGCGACACACAUGAGUUCAGUACCGAUGUCGUUUUCGGCUGUCGUUCAUAAGAAGAAAACGGAGACUGCCUCUUCGUCUACGACAUUCAAACCGCGGAUGCCAGCGACGCCAGUCAAGAAACGGGACUCGUAUUUAACCGAGCCGCUCACUCCUGGAGGUGGCGAAUUAACCAGGCUUGUGGAGGAAGCUGCUCUAUUGGAAAGGUUGCUAUCUGGCGGAGAGAUCCCUAGCGAGAUCCAGGACGAAGCUACAGCAUCAACGACUCCCCCGGAGGAGUCAGAGGCAGCACCAAUGCCCUCUAUCCUCGAGAGCCCCCCCGUGGAACCAGAGUCGGGGCACCAGGCCUACAACGAGGAUACCGAUCGUGUCCGCAGUGGUCCUUUGUCGUCCUUCAAAAGCGCACUUUCGCGGAGUAAGUCCUCGCACGGGCGCACGUCUUCUGAGCAAGCAGUUUCCCCCAAGCAGACCUGGAGACAAUCCGCCAUACCUCUUCCCCGCGACUCGUUAUCGGUGUCACCCCAAGGGGCUGAUGGAGAGGUGCCCCCAGCUCCUCCUCCCAAGUCACCGAAUAGGAUCUUCUCCGGAAUGAGGAAUUCAAUACACUACCCAGACGCUCUUAAGAGACGACCCUCCUAUAUGAUGCCAGGUGCCUACCCCCGCGAUAGCGUUUCCGUGUCCUCAGAUGAUUCCUUUGCCUUAGUCACGCCACCUGAUACACUGGGCUUCCUGGGCCCGGACAAUAAAGGAUCAACCGAUACCUUCAUGAAUUCUAGUAGCAACCUCUCGGUAUCCGAGUUUGGUUCUGGAGGACAUGUAACCAGAGCUGGCACUGUUGGUCCAGGGUCCUCUCCAUCAGCAUCCAAGGCUUGGCCCUCUUCAUCCCCGAAGAAAUCAAAGAGCUUCAGCAGAGCUGCUUCGUUCGCCGGUAAAAUGUUUCAGCGCGCAAGAACUAAAUCUAGUGGGAGCACUAUUAGUGCGUCUGACAUAGCCCGGCGAAUGGCAAUUGACGCAAUGGAAGAGCCACUUCCUAAUAUGCUGGUUCGAGAGGACCACACCCUACCUCCGUCCGCGGGUCUACACCCACCUUCACCCACGCAUCCUACUUCUCCCAACAGACCUGAAUCCUACAUCUCUGUGGCAUCCACCACUUCUUCUGCUCCAACGUUAGAUUUAUUUGAUGCUUUCCCUUCAGUCCCUCAGAACCCAAGCUUCCAUCCCGCAGGAGCUAGGACUUUCUCCCAUAUUCCUUUCCCUCAGGACAGAGGUACGGAUUCAUGGCCGCAGCAGUCUUAG